CACUCUAAUGGAGGACAUGUCUGAUCUGCUAUCGUCUUUUUCUGCGCCGUUUUUCUGAGUUUGCGCCCUCAACAUCACUCAGCUGAGUCCGAGACAGCCUCCAAGUGUCAGAAUGGCUUCGGACUCGGUCUCUCAAAGCUCCCAGAGUCCUGCCAUCAGGAUCAUGACCUUUUAUCCCACAAAAGAGGAGUUCAAAGACUUCAACAGAUACAUUGCAUAUAUGGAGUCGCAGGGGGCGCACAGGGCCGGGAUGGCAAGGGUUGUGCCACCGAAGGACUGGAAGCCCCGGCGCACAUAUGAUGACAUUGAUGAUCUGGUGAUUCCAACCCCUAUUCAACAAGUGGUGACUGGCCAAUCGGGUCUCUUCACUCAGUACAACAUCCAGAAGAAGCCAAUGACAGUCCGCGAGUUCCGCAAAACCGCCAACACAGACAAGUUCUCUAAUCCCAGAUAUGCUGACUUUGAAGAACUGGAGAGAAAAUUUUGGAAGAAUUUAACAUUCAAUCCACCAUUAUAUGGGGCAGAUGUCAAUGGAACUCUCUAUGAUCCUGAUGUGACGGAGUGGAAUAUUGGCCGCCUGAACACUAUAUUGGACAUGGUGGAGAGAGAGAGUGGAAUCACAAUCAAAGGGGUGAACACUCCGUAUCUGUAUUUCGGGAUGUGGAAGAGCACAUUCGCCUGGCACACGGAGGACAUGGAUCUCUACAGCAUCAACUACCUGCACUUUGGAGAACCCAAGUCCUGGUAUGCUGUGCCUCCAGAGCACGGGAAGAGAUUGGAGCGUCUUGCUAAAGGAUUUUUCCCUGGAAGCGCCCAAAGUUGUGAAGCUUUCUUGCGACACAAAAUGACUUUAAUAUCACCGUCAAUUCUGAGGAAGUAUGGAAUACCGUUUGAGAAGGUCACACAGGAAGCAGGCCAGUUCAUUGUCACAUUCCCGUAUGGAUAUCAUGCUGGCUUUAACCACGGCUUCAACUGCGCAGAAUCCACCAACUUCGCCACUCAGCGCUGGAUCGAUUAUGGAAAGCUGGCAACAUUAUGUUCCUGCCGGAAGGACAUGGUAAAGAUUUCCAUGGAUGUGUUUGUGCACAAGUUCCAGCCAGAACGAUACAAACUUUGGAAAGCAGGAAAGGAUAACGUCCCCAUUGACCACUCGAAGCCCACACCAGAAGUGGCUGAAAUCCAGAAAGAGAAUGAGAAAGGAGAGAUCAGCAAUAGCAGCAGAGCAGAAACGCUGGAAGAGGGAGGAGAAGCAGAGGCAGGAGACCAGCAGAAGGCGAACACAGAUGACAGAGAAGAGGACAAAGCUGAAGUGGUCUCUGAGAAGGUGGUGAAGAGAGAAAGCGAUGCUGGAGAGGAGAAAGCAGACGCAGAGGUAGAGAAGACUGUGAAGGAUGAAGAGCCCAGCAGCACGUCAGAACAGAUCAGCAGCAGUAGUCCAAAGCAGAACGUGGGGCAGAAGAGGCUCAGAUCCAGCACUGACAAUGAAGCAAAAGACGACAAUCAAGUAAAGGUAGAAGUGGAGGAGGUUGAAAAGAAGAAAGCCAAACUCAGCCAGAAUGAAACAGACAACAACAAAGAACAGUCCGUCUCUGCUGACCCAGUUGACGAGAAAUCUGAGGAGACCAUGGAGACAGACACGCCCCCACCACAACAACAAGAACAUCAAGAGUGCAUGGAGGCGGAGCUCUCUGCGUCAGACCCCACCUCCAGCAGUGACAUCACAACACAGCAAAGAGAAGAAGAACCCAGCGACGUCACCUCUUCCACACAGUCCACAAACAGCGUGACUCUGGGCGGUGAUGUUGCCUCUCAGCCUGAAGACGUCACUCAAAGCUGUGACGUUCAAAUCAAGCCUGAGGACAUCACUCCAACUGAUCGCACUGAUGCUCAACCGAGUGACGUCACGUCCCAUCUGUGCUCCAGUGACAUCACUGCUACUGACAUGACUUCCCUUGUGUCUGUAAGCAGCAGUUACUCCUCUAAACACAGCGUUAGCUCUGCCUACACUUGUGAUGGCACCACAAAACCCAGCGACAGCAUCAACCUUAGUCCAUGUGUGCCUAGCAUUAAUGUUGCCCAUAUUUCUGAUGUCCAGCCAGAACCUAGUGACAUCAUCGUUAGCCUUAAACAGAAUUUCAGUGCUAGCUCCACCUAUACCUGUGACAUUCAGUCAGAUCUAAGCAACAUCACCGUCGACCCUGAACACAAGCCCAGCAUUAACUCCACCCACAUCAUCAAUGUCCAAUCAGAAACCAGUAACAUCACCAUCAGCUCGGAACACAAGCCAAGCACUAGUUCCACUCCUAUGAGUGAUGUCCAAUCAGAAACCAGCUCUAAAUAUGAGCCUGGCAAUAACAAUGUUUGUGAUGUCAAACACAGUGACAUAACUGUGAGCCCAGUAAAUAAGCCUGGCAUUAACUCCGCUCACACAUCUGAUAUCCAACCAGAACCCAGCGAAUGUGAGUCCAGCACAAACUCAGACCACAUCUGUGAUGUCCAAUCAGAAGUCAAUGACAUCACCAUCAACUCUAAAGAUGAGCCCAGCAUCAACUUUGCACUCUCCUUUAAUGUCCAACCAGAGCCCAGUGACAACACCAUCAGCCUUACACAUAAACCUGAUAUCAGCUCCACCAGUGCUUCUAAUGUCCAAUCAGGACCCGGCAACAUCACCGACAGCCAUAUAUAUGACCCUGAUUUUAACUCCACCCACACCUGUGAUGUCCAAUCAGAAGCCAACAACAGCCCUAAACACAAGCUUCCUAUUAACUCUGCCCAGAUCUAUGAGGUCCAAUCAGCACCCAUCGACAUCUCCAUCUGCUCUAAACAGGAGACUAGCAUUAACUCCACCCAAAUUUAUUAUACCCAAUCAGAACCCAGCGACAUCUCCAUCUGCUCUAAACAGGAGACUAGCAUUAACUCCACCCAAAUUUAUUAUACCCAAUCAGAACCCAGCGACAUCUCCAUCUGCUCUAAACAGGAGACUAGCAUUAACUUCACCCAAAUUGAUGAUGCCCAGUCAGAACCCAGCGACAUCUCCAGCAGCAAUAAACAGGAGACUAGCAUAAACUCCACCCAAAUUUAUUAUACCCAAUCAGAACCCAGCGACAUCUCCAUCUGCUCUAAACAGGAGACUAGCAUUAACUCUACCCAAAUUGAUGAUGCCCAGUCAGAACCCAGUGACAUCUCCAUCUGCUCUAAACAGGAGACUAGCAUUAACUCCACCCAAAUUGAUGAUGCCCAGUCAGAACCCAGUGACAUCUCCAUCAACUCUAAACAGGAAACUAGCAUUAACUCCGCCCAAAUUGAUGAUGUCCAAUCAGAACCCUGCAACAUCUCCAUUAGCUCUAAACAGGAAACUAGCAUAAACUCCGCCCAAAUUGAUGAUGUCCAAUCAGAACCCUGCGACAUCUCCAUCAGCAAUAAACAGGAGACCAGCAUGGACUCUGCCCAAAUUGAUGAUGUCCAAUCAGAAACCAGCGACAUCUCCAUCAACUCUAAACAGGAAACUAGCAUUAACUCCACCCAAAUUGAUGAUGUCCAAUCAGAACCCUGCAACAUCUCCAUUAGCUCUAACCAGGAGACCAGCAUUAACUCCGCCCUAAUUUAUGAUGCCCAAUUAGAACCCAGCGACAUCUCCAUUAGCUCUAAACAGGAGACCAGCAUUAACUCCGCCCAAAUGUUCGAUGUCCAAUCAGAACCUUGCAACAUCUUCAUCAGCUCUAACCAGGAGAUCAGCAUUAACUCCACCCAAAUUGAUGAUGUCCAAUCAGAUCCCAGCGACAUCUCCAUCGGCUCUAAACAGUUGACCAGCAUUAACUCCGCCCAAAUUGAUGAUGUCCAAUCAAAACCCAGUGACAUCUCCAUCAGCUCUAAAAACAAGCCCAGCAUUAACUCCACUCAAAUUGAUGAUGCCCAAUCAGAACCCUGCGACAUCUCCAUCAGCAAUAAACAGGAGACCAGCAUUAACUCCACCCAAAUUGAUGAUGUCCAAUCAGAACCCUGCGACAUCUCCAUCAGCAAUAAACAGGAGACCAGCAUUAACUCCACCCAAAUUGAUGAUGUCCAAUCAGAACCCUGCGACAUCUCCAUCAGCUCUAAACAGGAGCCCAGCAUUAACUCCGCCCAAAUUGAUGAUAUCCAAUCAGAACCCUGCAACAUCUCUAUCAGCUUUGAACACAAGCCCAGUAUUAACUCCGCCCAAAUUUCUAAUGUCCAAUCAGAACCCAGCGAUUUCUCUAUCAGCUCAAGACACAAGCCCAGCAUUGACUCCACCCAAAUGUAUGAUGUCCAAUCAGCGCCCAGCGGACUCACCAUCAGCUAUAAACAGAAGACCAGCAUUAACUCCGCCCAAAUGUAUGAGGUCCAAUCAGAACCCAGCGACUUUUCUGUCAGCUCUAAACACAAGCCCAGUAUUGACUCCAUUCACAUGUAUGAUGAUGUCCAGAUGAAAUCCAGUAACUUCAUGGUCCGCCGAACUCCCGAACCCACCUAUAAGAUCAUCCCAGAGCCCAGCAGCAGUGUGAGUGUAAAUGUGUCAGAGUCAGGCUUGAGCUCUGUGUUAGCGAGCGUCAGUCAGGGCUCAGUUCAACACAUCUUCCAGAGGACACUGAGUCCUGCCGAGGUGCUGCACGUCCACAGCUACGCUAAAGGAGAUUACAGCGAUAUUGAGCCACGCAUUCAGCAUGAGAGAGACAGUGAUUCUGAUAGCGAGUCUCAAGAGGACAACAAGAAAGAAGCUGAGCGUCCAGCUGAAGCUCAGUACAGACUACCCAGACUGCCCAGACACCACCCUCUGAUGAAGGACAGCAUCAGUGAUGAAGAGCUGCAGGAUCAGGCGGCAUCAGAGGAGGACGGGCUGGACGGAGAAGCCUGGGCUCGACCUCUGACCCAGCUGUGGCAGAACAGACCAUACAAUCCAGAUCGAGAGAGAGAGUACAACCGAGAGAUGGGUCUGCGGCCUCCAUACUGCUCCAUCUGCAUGCUCUUCCAGGCACAUCACAGGUCUGAAGGAGCCGAGAGCGAGCCGGCUGUAGUGCUGCGUGGAGGUCAGAUGAGAACCAAACCUCUGAUUCCUGAGAGAUGCUUCACCAUCACCACUGAGGAGAGCGCAGACGUCCAGCCAUCCACAGCUCACCUGGAGGAGGACGGGACCAGUCUGCUCAUCAGCUGCUCCCUCUGCAGUGUCCGAGUGCACACCAGUUGUUACGGUGUGGCCUCAGGACGAGUCUCUAAAGACUGGAAAUGUGCCCGCUGUAAAGCCAACGCCUUUGCUGAGAGUUGCUGUUUAUGUUCGUUGAGAGGCGGAGCGUUGCACAGAGCCAAUAACGGCAAAUGGGUUCAUGUGCUGUGUGCAGUGGCGGUGCAGGAGGCUCGCUUUGUGAACAUCACCGAACGAUCACCAGUGGAUCUCAGCGGCAUUCCCUUACAGAGAUUCAAACUGAAAUGCUACUACUGCAAGCGGCGAAUGAAGAAAACGCUGGGGUGUUGUGUGCAGUGUUCUCACGGCCGCUGUCCCACCUCAUAUCACCCGACCUGCGCGCAGGCCGCCGGCGUCAUCAUGCACCCAGACGACUGGCCUUUCGUCGUCUACGUCACCUGCUGCCGCCACAAAGGACCAGUACAGUCUGAGCGUAAUAAAUCCGCCAUGAGAGAGCUCAGCGUGGGCCAGAGGGUCAUCUGCAAGCACAAAAACGGACGCUACUACCAGUGUGAAGUCAUACAGCUGACAAAAGAGACUUUUUAUGAGGUCAACUUUGAUGAUGGCUCCUUCAGCGAUAACCUUUUCCCAGAGGAUAUUGUGAACCGGGACUGUGCUCAGCUGGGUCCGCCACCCCAGGGUGAAGUGGUUCAGGUCAGGUGGACAGACGGUCUCGUUUAUGGAGCCAAAUUCGUGGCAGCUCAUGUUAUUCAGAUGUAUCAGGUGGAGUUUGAGGACGGAUCGCAGCUGACUGCUAAGAGAGAUGACGUCUACACACUUGAUGAAGAGCUCCCCAAAAGGGUCAAAUCACGUCUGUCUAAGGCCUCAGACAUGCGCUUUGACGGGAUGUUUGGAGAGAAGAAGGUCCAGGAGAGCAAGCGGCAGAGAGUGAUCAACUCCAGGUACAGAGGAGACUACAUCGAGCCCGUCAUCUACAGAGCCAUCAUGGAGUAACCAGCAGCGACAGACACGGCCUUCACCCGAAACCACCAGCACUCUUCCAGCAGCCCCUGCCAGCGUCAGUAGCGUUCAUCUGGCAGGAGGCAGACGUCUGGAUGGGUUUGACCUCUUGUCUGAUCUGAUCUGAGUCUUCAGGCGAGGCAGGGCGUUUCACAGCGGCUUUUACACACAAUGCAGCUUUUUCUAGGGGUGUGUUUGACACCCUUUAACCUCAGUGCUGUGAAACUGUCCCACACACACUCGAGGAAACACAGCUGAGCGUUUAAUACAAAAUAUUUGUAAUAUAGUUUCAUCACUUUACACGUUAAUUUAUUCGACUUAGAGGGAUAGUUCACUCAGAAAUUUAAUAUAUGAUCAGUAUUUGCUCAUCAUCAAGUUGUUUUAAUCCUUUAUGAGUUCUUUUUUCUGCUGAAUUCACAAAAUAGGAUAUUUUGUAGAAUGUUGGAAAACGAUUCAACCAUUGUCUUUCAUAGUAGGAAACAAACACUGCACUCUCAGAAUUAAAGGUAUGGGAGCUGUCAGUGGGGUGGUACCUUUUCAAAAGGUACACAUUUGGAACCAAAUAGUACCCUGUAGUACUCAAUGUACAUUUGAUGUACCAUUAUGGACCUUUUGUACCAGUCAAAGCUUCCCAUACCCUUAUUUCUGAGAGUGUAUGGCAAUCAAUGGUUACAGGUUUCUGAUAUUCUUUAACCAAACAGUCCAUAUUGGUACGUCAAAGGUGUUUUUAGUACCCUGAUGUACUCAAAAUGCACAUUUGAUAAACCAUUCUGGACCUUUCGUACCAGUGUCAGCUUCCCAUACUUUUAUUUCUGAGAGUGGCUAUCGAAUAUCAGAAACCUGUAACCAUUGACUUCCAUACAAAUCUUAUGUAUCAUUAUGCCCCUUUUUUGUACCAGUGACAGCUUCCUGUACCUUUAUUUCUGAAGUGUAUGGAAGUCAAUGGUUACAGGUUUCUUAUAUUCUUUAGCCAAACAGUCUAUAUUGGUACCUCAAAGGUCCAUUUUAGCACCCUGAUGUACCCAAAAUGUACAUUUGAUGUACCAUUACGGACCUUUAGUACCAGUGACAUCUUCCAGUACCUUUAUUUCUGGGAGUGGAUGGGAGUCAAUGGUUACUUGUUUCUGAUAUUCUUUAGCCAAGCAGUCCAUAUCGGUACCUCAAAUGUCCAUUUUAGCACCCUGAUCUACCCAAAAUGUGCAUUUGAUGUAUCAUUAUUGACCUAUAGUACCAGUGACAUCUUCCAGUACCUUUAUUUUUGAGAGUGUAUGGGAGUCGAUGGUUACAGGUUUCUGAUAUUCUUUAGCCAAGCAGUCCAUAUCGGUACCUCAAAUGUCCAUUUUAGCACCCUGAUGUGCCCAAAAUGUACAUUUGUUGUACCAUUAUGGACCUUUAGUACCAGUGACAUCUUCCAGUACCUUUAUUUCUGGGAGUGUAUGGGAGUCAAUGGUUACUUUUUUCUGAUAUUCUUUAGCCUUACAGUCCAUAAUGGCACCCCAAACGUGCAUGUUAGCACCCUGAUGUGCCCAAAAUGUACAUUUGAUGUACCAUUAUUGACCUUUUGUACCAGUGACGGCUUCCCGUAUCUUUAUUUCUCAGAUUGUCAGGAAGUCAAUGGUUACAGGUUUCUGACAUUCUUCAGCCAAGCAGUCCAUAUCGGUACCUCAAAUGUCCAUUUUAGCACCCUGAUGUACCCAAAAUGUGCAUUUGAUGUAUCAUUAUUGACCUAUAGUACCAGUGACAUCUUCCAGUACCUUUAUUUUUGAGAGUGUAUGGGAGUCGAUGGUUACAGGUUUCUGAAAUUCUUUAGCCAAACAGUCCAUAUCGGUACCUCAAAGGUGUUUUUUUUUCUACCCUGAUGUGCCCAAAAUGUGCAUGUGAUAUACCCCUAUGGACCUUAUGUACCAGUGACAGCUUUCCCGUACCUUUAUUUCUAAAAGUGGCUAAAGAAUAUCAGAAACCUGUAACCAUUGACUUCCAUACAAACAGUCCAUAUUGGUACCUCAAAGGUGCAUUUUAGUACCCUGAUGUGCCCAAAAUGUACAUUUGAUGUACUAUUAUGGACCUUUUGUACCAGUGACAGCUUCCCGUACCUUUAUUUCUGAUAUUGUAUGGAAGUCAAUGGUUACAGGUUUCUGAUAUUCUUUAAACUAUCUAGCUUUGUGUUCAAUGGAAGAAAGAAACUCAGGUUUGGAUUAAGCAGAGGGUGUGUAAAUGAAUUAAAAUUUUUGUGUGAACUACCCCUUUAAUUGAGGGUGCUGUUUCUACCCGCAUUUUACCGAAAGGACGUGCCAUUGCAUUCUAUACCUUCAGAUCUCGAAUAUUGUACAUUAUUUGGAACAUAAUGAAUUCAGCGUGUCAUUUUUUACAAGCCUAUUUAUUACCUGGUGCUUUCUAAAUACCUUCUGCAAUAUGAGUUCCAGUGCUGUCGGAGUUAUGGUUCAUAAUGAGGGAGUUCAUGGGUGUGUUCUGUUUCCUGGAAAGAGUUCACAGCAAAAUGCCAAGAAUCUGGGUUUUCACAGCUUGUUCAGAACCCUGCCUUGCUUACUCUGGAUCCACACAAUCUCAUUUCCAGGUUUCCAUUAAUGUAGCUCUCACUGCUGUCCAUAUUUGAUCAAAAGCCCCGUGGUUUUAAUAAGCUAUUUUUGCACUUCUCAGCUGUUCUUUUAUGAACUGUCAUCUUUGUCCUUGCAGUAGCUGAGCUCUAGAGACAGAAAUGCUCUUCUGAAAGCUGAGGAGGCCGUCGUUUUGCCUGUUUUGGACUUUUCUAGCCGACAGCAUUUGGAGAAAGUAAGGUUGUUGCAGUUUGUCUGUUGUUCAAUAGACAGGGCUAAUCUUCACUAUAAAUAUAUAUAUAUAUAUAUUACAAAAAAAAGAAAAGUAUAAAAGAUGUUUUUCUAUCAAGAAGCCUAUUUUAUUGCUUUGUUUUAUAAUACGUUUAAUGUUCAUAUACUGUGAGAUAUAGUUGUAUGUAGUUAAUUUAAGAAAUCUGGCACGUUUCUUCUGCCUCUUGUUAUUUUGCUUUCAAACACGAGUCUCGUUCUUACCGCACUUCUGAAUGCUGAGGCUCUAAGACUUCCAUACAUGUCUUUUGUAAAAACCAUUAAUGUGCAUCAGUAAAAGAUGUGAGUUUACUUGUUUCUAA